GGAACGAAUGGAAGGACAAGUAGAUAUUAAACUAGAUCUGGAGCCGCCCUUCCGAGUUCUCUUACGCCCCGAAUAGGCAAUAAUUGAAAAGCAGCCUGGGCUUUGCGAUACUUGGGGCGAAAGAAAACUUGGAACCAGCCUCCACACAUUAGGUUCUGUUCCUCGGUAUCCAUGCUAAUGCCCUGCCUAAUUCGCCUACCCUAGCCGCAUGAACCGACUUCCCGCUCCCGGUUCGGCCCUCUCAGGGUCGUGGCUGCAGGUGUCGCCCUCGUGCUCCUUCGACGGCGCGGGCAGGGCGUUCCCUAGCUAAGCUAGAUGGCGAUGUUAUUAUAUUCCCGAUGAGUAAAAGUGCAGCUGAUUUGUCUCUUGGUGCCGAGAGCUGCCCACGUUCUUUCCUGUCAGUUACCUCCACCCCCCGCAUCCAAUGCACGUUCUUCUGGUAUGAGGAUGAAGCCCUUUGGGUACCAUGGAGCUGCGAUUCUCUUGACCAUAGCAUCGAAAGCUGCGGGCUAUGUGCUGGGAGAGAACCUCGUCUUGCGUGAUGAGACCAACACCACGAUUCCAGCUCCUGUGGUAGCUAGUGUGUCGCAGUACUGGGAGGGUAAUGAUGGUCCAUGGUCAUCGUUCGCGAUCCAAGUAGGCAAGACAGCUCAGAAUGUGCGCGUCUUCCCAUCGACCGCAUCGACCUCGACACUAGUAGUCAUAAACGUCGGUUGCCCGGAAGAUGCGCCGAGCAACUGUAAAGAUGCGCGAGGAGGGCUCUUCAACAAGAACAACUCCCUAACGUGGGUUCCCAACUCCAUCUUUGACGUCGGCAUCGAAGAGAACCUCGGCUUUAAUGUAUUCGGGGACUUUGGAUUCGACACAGUGACUCUGGGAUGGCAAGGAAGUGGCGGGCCCACCGUGGAGCAUUCCAUAGUCGCUGGGUUGGGCGAUACUACUAUGACAUGGCUUGGAGUGCUUGGCUUGAAUCCGCGGCCAACGAACUUCUCAACUUUUGUGAAUAACCCGCAAGUUAGUCUGGUCCAGUCGUUGAAGAACCAAGAGGCCAUACCUAGCGUUUCCUGGGCGUAUACCGCAGGCGCCCAAUACCGUCUCGACAAGAUCUAUGGCUCUCUCAUUUUCGGGGGCUACGACACGUCCCGUUUCACACCAAGCACCCUCACCUUUCCCUUCUACGAGGACAUCUCCCGCAACCUUGUUGUAGGUGUACAGAAGAUCUCUUCCUCAGGAACCUCUUUGCUAGAGACCGGAGUCUUUGCCUUCAUCGACUCCACUCUCCCGUACUUUUAUCUGCCCACCUCAGCCUGCUCCGCCUUCGAGACAGCAUUUGGCCUGACCUGGAACUCCACUUCCGAGCUCUACCUUGUGAACUCUACACAGCAUGCCUCCCUCUUGAAGCAGAACGCGAACAUCACUUUCACUCUUGGCACCACCACCUCCGGUGGCGAAACCGUGGACAUUGUCCUGCCAUACGCCGCGUUCGAUCUGAACAUAUCUUGGCCACACGUCGAGGAAACGACGCGCUACUUUCCUCUCAAACGCGCGACAAACGACACGCAGUACACGCUUGGCCGGGCAUUUCUGCAGGAGGCGUAUUUGAUUGCCGAUUAUGAGCGGUUCAACUUCUCCGUGCACCCGUGCAAAUGGGAACCGAAUGCGAAAUCGAGUAUUGUUGCCAUUCGGUCGGUUAACGAUACGACUGAGAAUCCUUCUAAUACGACGACUCCCACGGGGAACAAAGGCGGAUCGCAUUCUUCGUCGCUUGGAGGCGGCACAAUCGCUGGUAUCGUUAUUGGAGCUAUCACAGGCGCAGCCAUUCUCGGGGCCGGGUGGUAUCUCAUGCGCCGCCGCGGUCUGUGUGGGUGCGGGGAGCCAUCCGAGCUCGAUGCAACCGAAACAGAGCGGGAACAGAACCGACCCGCUGUGCCGUUGGAUAUUAUUCGGGCGCAGAAGGCGGGUGAUGAGCAAGAACUUGAUAGCUCAGGAAUCCACGAGCUGCCGUCGCACCAUAAAUUCGGGGUGCUGGAGGCGCCAGGGGGCGAUGAAACAUUCCCGAAGCCUUCCGAGUUGGAUGAACAAAGAGCUCGACAGGGACGUUUUUCUGAGGUCUUUGAGAUGGAUUCGGGGCCGAUAGUGAGAAUAGAACCGCCGACAGCAAUCGAGACAGAGGCACCGGAUUUGCCAACACCUGGACAGCUGGAAGCUGUUGAGAGAGCACAGGAAAGAAGAGUUGGGCAUGAUGAUCAAGACGAAGAAAGAUAGAAGAGAUUGAGUCAACGUAAGCUGUGAAUGAGGAGAAAGCAGACGUCGGCGCUGUGUGUGGAAAGCAGUAUAUAUGUUGGGUCGUAAUUACAUAAUGUACAGUACAGCACCAGGACAUUAACUAAGUCGUUGCACACUUACUUAGCACCAUUUGCGACGCCUCAGGGAGCUUGUAAGAAUCUACUGCUUCGCCUUGCCCUUGCCGCGCAUGACGCGUCGCCGCUGGCUCAUCAUAUAGGUAUAUAGCAUAUAUGCGCCUG